UACUUUUACGUACAUAUAUAAAACACAUGUGUACACAUAUAUUUGCAUAUGUAUUUGCAAAACACAUAUUUUCAGUAAGAUUCAAGUUACUUGAUUUCGCGACAACGAAAAAAAUUUUGACAAUUAAUCAAUCGGUGCAUUAUCAUAUAAAAUGUCGAAAGGCAUUUGAUGCAUCAUCAUCCGAAAAUUCAGACAAUAUCAUAAAUUUGGCAAUAUCAAUUAAUUACGUAAUAAGUCUUAUAAAAUACCGUCGAUUUAAUACGUCAGUGGACACUGUAAUCGCGCAUCGGAAGCGGGAAUAUGUGCUCGUGCCCGCCGGCUGCCUCAUCUUCUCGGUAUCACCGCUGGGACUUUGAGAGAUUCGUGUCAUGAAAUUAAAAACAAACGCGGCCUUGCAUACGUGAGCGACAAAAAAGAAAUGGAUAAGAAGCCGCGGGGCGACGGAGGGAUUUACGGAAACGAAUUCGGCUGCGCGUGGAAGUAGAUUUGUUAAAAUUCCAGUCUCAGUUUGUGCCUAUCCAAACCAAUAUCACCUCUUCGGAAGGGUGAGGAGGAUAAAUAAAAGUGUGCGGAGGCCCUCGCGACCGUUUAAAGGAACGCUCGCGCGCUUUCUCGCAUUGUCACGUUUUAAUACUGAAGUAGAUUAUAUUUAUUGUCUUUUACAUAUAUUUGCAUUUUUUAUCAAAGGAAAAGUUUAUGAAUUAUUUAGUCUCGAUAUUAUUAUGUAAAAAGAUUUCAUUUGACUUACUGUAGCUCGUGUUUUAAAGUAGUGUGUAAUGUGAUUAUUUUGUUUAAUUUUUUUUUAAUCUACUUGUACGGGAAGCUGCGUAAAGUAAACGAUAUAUUUAUUAUAUAAAGUGUAAAAGUGACGUCGCAAACAUUGUUAAACUGACUGUAACAUGAUUACAUAUUGGUAUUUCAUCCCUCUGUUAUGUUAUGGAUUCAUCGUUCAAAUAAACGGUCUCUUUCGCACACGUGGAUUAUUUCCUCCGAGUACCGAUCCCAAUUUAUUGAUCGAAGAUUACGUAAUGCAGAGCGGUUACCCUUUUGAGCUUCAUCAUGUAACAACUAGGGAUGGAUAUAUAUUGGCUGUACAUCGGAUACCGCGAAUGAAUAAAACUGUUGAGAAUCGCCGAGUGGUGUUGAUCAUGCACGGAUUAUUAGGAUGUUCGGCGGAUUGGUUGUUAACGGGACGAAAUCGAUCAAUUGCUUAUCUUUUGGCUGACGAUGGUUAUGACGUAUGGCUCGGUAAUUCUCGUGGGACCACGAACUCGAAGAAUCACACGACCCUUUCCAUACAAAGCGCUGAAUUCUGGGAUUUCAGCUGGCAUGAACUGGGCCUGUAUGAUUUGUCCGCUAUGAUAGACUACAUAUUAUAUAAAACCGGACAAAAUCAGCUGUUCUACAUAGGCUUCUCUCAAGGAACGACACAAUUUUGGGUUCUCAUGUCUCUCAGACCGGAAUACAACAAGAAAAUUAAGCUUAUGUCCGCGUUAGCUCCCGUGGCUUACACAGGACACAUUAGUGGUCUAUUGAGACCACUGAGUUUCUUCGCGAAUUUUUUUAAGGGAUUUUACAAGUUCACCGGAUAUUUCGAAAUGCUGUCGAAUUCAGAAUUAGAAAAAUUCGUGACGUAUACUCUGUGCCGGGAAGGUAUGUUCACUCAAUACUUUUGCGAACUGAUCGUGCAGUGGAUCGGAGGAUUUAGCACCGGCGAGAUGGAUCAUGCGCACUUGGCGGAGUAUCUGCAGUUCGCGCCGGCGGGAUGCUCGUACAAGCAAUUGGUUCAUUACGCCUUGGGCAUUCAGAAUCCAGGACAUUUUCGGCCUUUCGAUUACGGUAUAUUGGCGAAUUUUAGGAUUUAUAGACGUUUCGUACCGCCGGAAUAUCCCCUUGAAAGGAUCACAGCUCCAGUGAUUUUGUAUAACGGUUUGAACGACUGGUUAGCUCAUCCAAAUGAUGUUGAAUUAUUAAAUGGAAAAUUGCCAAAUAUUUUAGAAAAAUAUACAGUGACGCUAAAGCGAUUAAAUCAUUUCGAUUUUGUAUACGGUUUGCACGUACGAGAUCUCGUUUACAAUCAUCUGAUUGAAAGGAUGAAUUCCAUACCAUAAAGCUCGAUCACGAUUGUCCACAUAGAAUAAAAUUUUCCAUUGCAUAGCCUAUCAAUUCUUUUUCAUUGUGCAUUGAAAAACAAGGAAUCGAAAAAAGGAAAUAGGAUUUAAAUUGGAAUCAAAAUGUCCACAUUCAGUUAUAUUAUUAAUAGUUAUUUUUUCUGCGUAUUCCAUUGAUUGAAUACUCAGCUUUUACAAUUUUAAUGUGCAUGGAUUUAGGAAAGACAUGACUACCUCAACUAAUUUUGCAUCAACUUUAUUUCACGUUCGUUUUCUCGUAAUCAUAUAAAUUUUGAUUACGUGCGCUUUCUUUAAUAGAAAGGAAAGAUAGACUUUUGUACAUUAGAGCGAAUAAUAUUACACGAAUCUAUAGAUAGAAUCUAUAACAUAUAAUUAUAGGUAUUAUACUAUUUGUUAUAUUGUUACGAGUUUUUAUACACUCUUAUCUAAGAGAAGAAAGUGAACGUGAUGUGGAUUCAAAAAUUAUAACUGUACCAAUGUGUUGUAUACGUUGAUGAACUGAGUCAUGUGAAAUGUUGAAGCCGAGCGGAAGCCAGUGGAAGAUGCUGAAACAAAAUAAGAUUUCUAGGACUCGAAAUCUUGGCAAAUAAUCUAUAAAAUAUCAAUCAUUUUGGCUGAGAAUAAUGCUCUUUUUGUUUCAUACAAAGUAUAUGAAAAUUUUUCUUAUGAAAAUUCAGAUAUAUUUAUCAUUCGAUUACAUAUCACAUGUUAUUAAAGUGUCUAUCGAAUUCAUUUAUAUAAUAUAACACUUAUUUAUACAUGUACAUACUUAAUAUUAAAUUUAAUAGUAUA